AUGGAGAACGAAGCGCGGCGGCGUUUUCCUCCUCCGAGAAGCGAAGAAAAAGAAGCGUCGUCGAGAGAUCGCGCCAACGGCAGCACCAAUAAUAAUAACAACUUCUUCGAGCGGUUCCUGAAACUUUCGUCACUCCGGGAAAAACUGGAACUGGUGAAAGAAAAAGCGGAGAGGAAAAGGAAACAGAGAAGAGGAUGGACGGAGAAGAAGGAGGAGCGUUUGUGUCCUCUGCCGAACGUGAUUCGAGUCGAGAGCAACGCUGGUGCCUCCUCCACUUCCAACGCUUCCUCUUCUUCUCUCCCGGAAAUAUGGCGAGCGAGGAGGCAAAACUUGGAAAACUGCUUACAAGGAGAGUGUGUCAAGCGAGAGAAGUUGAGAGAAAUCGUCGCGGAUGGAUUCGUACCGGACCAACCUUCCUCGGUGAGGUACGACGUGUGGUCGUAUUUGCUUCGAGUUGUACCCGAGGCGCGUCGAGAACGAGAAGAGGAGAGAAGGAAGAAGCGGGAGACGUACGAGGCGUUCGCGGAGGAAUUGGCGAGUUGCGUGCGAACGCCGGACGUGAGCGUGGAAAUGACGUAUAAAUACGAGGACAUAAAGUCGCCGACAAAGUCGAGAGCGACGAGAGUGGCGGUAGAGUUGAAAGUGAAGCAAGUAAACGAGGAGGAUAAGGACAUAUUGGAGCAAAUCGAGAGAGACGUGGAACGAUUGCAUCCGUCGUUGCAUUUUUUCAACGACGAAAUCGAGGCCGCACCGAAACGAAAAGAUAUGACGGAAGCUUUGUUUGUAUUUGCGAAAUUGAAUCCGGGUUUACGUUACGUCCAAGGCAUGCACGAAUUGCUCGCUCCGUUGUAUUUUGUCUGCUUUAACCACCCGGAUAAAAACGGCGUCGCGAAAGACGCCAAAUCGGAUUCGUUUUGGAUGUUCGUCGAGUUGAUUUCAGAGUUGAGAGACGCGUAUUGUAAAGAGCUCGACAAAACGGACCAAGGAAUCAAUCAUUUACUUUCCGAGCACGACAAUUUGUUAAGGAAUCGAUGCCCAGCAGUCGCCACGAAAAUGAUCGACGAGUUGAACGUGAAACCUCAAUUUUACGCGUUUCGAUGGUGCGUGUUGAUGUUCGCCGGCGAGUUUGACUUCCCGUCUGUUUUAAGAACGUUCGACUUUCUCGUCGCCUGGCCUAGAGGUAAACGCGACGCUCUCUUGCGUUUGUGUUCCGCCAUGGUAUGUAACGUACAAAAGGAGUUGUUGGACGAGAAUUGCGACUUUGCCGUCGCCAUGCGCACGUUACAAAACUAUCCCGCGUGCGACGUGAAUAAGAUUAUCAAAAUAGCCUGCGCGUUCCCGUAUUUAGCUGCUUCUUAA